AUGUACAUUUUUGAUAUUGUACAUAAGUUGACAUAUUUUUGUUGGCAAUUCUCUAUCUGUUGUUUACUGUUCUAUAUAUUGUUUAUAUGCAACUAUGUGAAAUGUAACGAUUGUGUACUACAUAUAGACGAUUUAAAUAACUGUGCAAAAUUAGCUGGUGUUCAACGUAUUCCGGAAAAAUAUGAAGGAUUUGGCUUUGGUUUCGGCUCAGUCGAUGAUGUGGAACAAAUGUGUCGAACAAGGUGGCAUAUCAAAGUUUAUUCAUGUGCUCAGUUAACGAUUCUAAAUCGUUGUUCACCUGAGUCGACUUCUCAUUUUCGAAAUACAAUGUGGCAGUUUAUUUUUGAUACAACACCCUACGAGAAAGCAGCAAACUAUUUAUGUCAACAGUAUAAUCUACGUAUUUUUAGGUAUCAUCGUGAUAAAUGUCUUACUGUAUAUGAGUCUCAAGUUGAAAACUGUUCCAAAAUCUAUUCAAAUCUUUUGUCUGAAACAUAUUUGCAAUUGGCUAAUAGUAAUCCUGUGAACUCACGUAAUGCAGAUGAAUAUGCUAAUUAUAUGAAAUCAGUUUUACGUUCAACAUAUUGUAGAGGAACUAUCACAAAGGUUAAUUGUAUCAAGAAAAUACUUGAAAAUCAUUGUUCCAGUGAUGUGAUCGAAUUAAUUCAAAAUUAUUUCAGAGAAACUCUACCUCAUGGAUGUGAACAAACAAUUAACAUUUCGGAACAUUUCAUACCAAAAAUCACAAACAAAAUCAAUCAAACUGACUUAAUCAUGAAUGAUUAUCGUCAUAUACACACAGAAAUCAAUUCUAAUAAAAUAAGAUUGAAUGAAACCAACGAACAAUUACAUAAUAAACAAAUAGAUAUUAAAAAUGCUAAACGUAGUAAACACACUGAUAUCAAUGCAUCAAAUUCAAUGUUAUUGAAAACAAAUUCAAAAGAUAUGAACAAUCAUUGUAAUAAAUUGAUAACAGAUAUCGUCAUAUCUAGUUCAAUAUUAUUGAUCACAGCUUUAAGAUAUGAAUUUGAUACUUGACAAUAAAUAACGAGUUUCAAAUUUUAUUUGAAUGUCAAGCAAAGCAAAUAUAGCUGGGAAAAUCUAAAUCAAUGUUCUUGUGCAGUUUUUAAAGUUAAUAACUCUCUUGACUAUUAAUAACAUCAAACAAUAAACAUCACUAUCUUCGAAAUUCAGCAUUUAUUUCAUUGUCUAACAAAUAACUUCAGAUUUCAUGAAUUAUCUAUCAACAUGUAGUAUGGUUGUAUUUGUUGAAUAAUGUAUUUUGUACAAUCAAAAUCCUUAAUUAUUAAGUGAUUGAUUUUAUUCACUCACUUAAAAUCAAUAUGAGGAUGAUGAUUUCCUGAAUGCUCAACAAACAACAUUUCAUGUAAUCGUGUAUACAAUUAUGUUUUAUUAUUUUGAAUAAAUGAUUUUAUAUGUAGGUAUGUCUGAUAAUAAUGAAUUCGUUUAUUACGUUCUAGUAGUUUACAAAUGGGCUAGUUUUGAGAUUCCUUCCAUUUCUAAAAUACUUGAACGUUCGAUUUAAAUCACUGGGUAUCAGCAAAACUUUAAGUGUAAAUGCUUUCAGUAUCUCAUUACGAUAUCUAUGUCUUGAAAGACAAGCACUGAUUUAUUUGCUGGAAAUAUUCGCAUCGUGUAUAUUAAAUUAAAAUAUGUAAUUACUAUUACAAAUAUAUUACAGCUAAUCAGAA